AUGAAUCAACUGAAAAAACAUAUCUCUGUCAAAUGCAUCAAUUUUAACACUUAAUCUACUAACACUCGAACCAGGAGUAUCUCAAAUUAAGUUUCCAAGAAUUCAACAGACCGUUCGAGAUCAGUAAGCAAAUUAUGUCCAGCCAUUAAGUUGCCAGUACCCACCAAGAAUUCAGAGUCAGUCUCUAUGUCCAAUUCAAAACCUGUGUCAAAAUUGGGAAAAGUGAAAAUUGACCUUGGAAACAAAGCGACAUCCAGAAGUUAACAAACAACUUAAAAGUCACGAUCAAACAGCCAAAUUAGCAAAGAGGAGAGCUUUCCAAAAUUGCUACCUGAUUUUGGUAGAAUGGAGACUGAACUAUUGGAUUGCCAAGAUUUCAUGCUACAAUUACCUGAGAUUCAGUUUCCAACCACUGAAGAUAUAAUGAAGGAAAGAAUAAUUCUUGCCAACAGGAUUGCAUACACCACCAAGACAAAGAAACGCAUUCCAAUAACAACACCCGAUUUUUAUAAGGUAUCGCAUCUCUAACCUUAGUAAGGCAAAGGAGCAUUUGCAAAGGUGUGUUUGGGUAUCCAAAUAUUAACAGGAGCAAAGGUGGCCAUGAAGAUAAUUGAAAAAUCUACACUCAAAACAGAAAGUGCUAAAAAAAGAUUGUUAUUAGAAAUUACUUUGAUGAAAAUACUGUCCCAAUACUAGUAGUUUGCCUCUCUUUUUGAAGUCUUCGAAACAAAAAAGCAGAUUUACAUUAUUAUGGAAUAUGUGGAAGGAGGAGAUUUGAUGAAGUGGACAAAGGAGAAGCCAAUCCCCGAGGGGUAAGCCAAAAAUCUAUUUGGUCAAUUAAUAUUGGCCUUGUAGAUACUUCAAAGUCAUAACAUAUUACAUAGAGAUAUCAAAUUAGAUAAUAUACUGCUUUAGGGAGACUCAAUAAAGAUCUGUGAUUUUGGAGUGAGCAGACAGAUUAUAAAGGGAUAGAAGAUAUUGGAAUAAUGUGGAACUCCUGCUUAUUUGGCACCAGAAGUGAUCUCCAACAAAACAGGGUAUGAGGGAUUCGCAAGUGACAUUUGGAGUUCAGGAGUUUUGCUUUAUAUAUUGCUUGUUGGAAAAGUGCCAUUUAAAGGAAAUAAUAUGAAUGAAUUAAAUCACAAUAUUUAAAAUGGUCUUCUUAAUUUUAUGGAGAUGAAGAAAUAUAAUUUAUCCAAUGACGCCGUUGAUCUUAUAAAAUCAAUACUAAAUGUGAAUCCGAAAUUAAGAAUAACCUUAACAGAGAUCCUGAAUCAUCCUUGGCUUAAAGAGUUAAACCUAAAAUCGAAUAAAGUUUCAGUAUUUGAGAGUCAUUUCUUAAAUUGA